AUGCGCCUGAGGCUGAGUCACAACCGCCCGCCCGCGCCCUUACGGGGCUUCCCGCGGCCCCCUGCCCGAGCCGGGCCCGCCGGGCGUCGUGUGUCCUCUCCGUCCGGGGUCGGGGGCCUCCAGGGCCCGCAUACGACGCACCGGGCCGGGCUGCGGGGCCGAAGCCGGCGGGGCAGCGGAGGGCCAGCGGAAGGCCAGCGGAAGUGGCCUCUCCUGGAGGAGAGCGCCCAGGAGGAGGAGGAGUUCCUCCCUGGCUGGGGAGGGGAGUGCUCCCCCAGUUACAAGAGGCGCAGGACUGUGGAGGAUUUCAACAAAUUCUGCACCUUUGUCUUGGCCUAUGCUGGCUACAUUCCUUAUCCGAAGGAGGAGCUCCCUUUGAGGAGCAGCCCCAGCCCUGCCAACAGCACCGCUGGUACCAUCGACAGUGACGGCUGGGACGCUGGUUUCACCGACAUGGCGUCCGCGGUACCCUUGCCGGUCUCUGACCGCUGCUUUGGCCACCUGCAGCCGAGCCUCCUGCAGCGAGCCAAGCCCAGUAACUUCUUGCUGGACAGAAAGAAAACGGACAAGCUGAAGAAGAAGAAGAAGAGGAAGCGGAGGGACAGUGAUGUGCCUGUGAAGGAGGGGUACAUGGGGAGCUUGCUGAAGCUGGAAGCUGCUGACCCAUAUGUAGAGACCCCCACAAGUCCCGCCCUGCAGGAUAUCCCCCAGGCUCCCGGCGACCCCUGCUCAGGCUGGGACUCUGACACUCCUUCCAGCGGAUCUUGUGUCACGGUGUCACCUGAUCAGGUCAAAGAAAUAAAGACUGAAGGCAAACGGACUAUUGUCCGGCAGGGAAAGCAGGUGGUGUUCCGGGACGAGGACAGCACCGGCAAUGAUGAGGACAUAAUGGUGGAUUCGGAUGACGACUCCUGGGACCUCGUCACCUGCUUCUGCAUGAAACCGUUCGCCGGCCGCCCUAUGAUUGAGUGUAACGAGUGCCACACCUGGAUUCACCUGUCCUGUGCGAAAAUCCGGAAAUCCAAUGUUCCGGAAGUGUUUGUCUGCCAGAAGUGCCGGGACUCCAAGUUCGACAUCCGCCGCUCCAACCGUUCUCGGAUGGGCUCACGGAAACUGUUUCUGGACUGA